AUUUUCCCUUGUAAUAAAUGGACCUCGCUUGCCGAUGAGCUUGUAUAUAAUUCGAGCAACUUAUUAUAUUUUUAUUUUGCGUAAAAUAAAAAUAAGUUUUUUGUUUUACAAUGUCGUCUUAUAAACCAGUCACGCAUGUGAUUUUCGACAUGGACGGGUUGUUAUUAGAUACAGAGAGGUUGUACACAAUCUCUUUCCAGGAGGUCUGUGAUCGGUUCGGGAAGACGUACACAUGGGAGGUCAAGUCCACCGUGAUGGGAAAGAAGGCAUUGGAUGCCGCCAGGAUCAUUCGAGAUUCUCUGGAUCUGCCCAUGACGAGCGAGGAGCUGCUGGAAGAGAGCCGGGCGAUACAGGAACGUAUUUUCCCCUCCGCUUCCCUAAUGCCAGGUGUGGAAAGGCUGGUCACACAUCUCCACAAGCACAAAAUCCCUAUCGCCGUGGCCACCAGCUCUGCUGGCCUGACCUUUCAGAUGAAGACGAGCCACCAUAAAGACUUCUUCAGGAUGUUCAGCCACGUCGUUCUUGGAGACGACCCGGAAGUGAAGAAUGGGAAGCCUCAGCCUGACUCAUUCCUGGUGUGCGCCAGCAGGUUUGAUCCCCCUGCCAAGCCAGAACAGUGUCUGGUUUUUGAAGACGCCCCCAAUGGAGUGAAAGCAGGCUUGGUGGCUGGCAUGCAGGUGGUCAUGAUUCCCGAUCAGAACUUGGACUGUGCUCUAAAACAGGGGGCUACGCUGGUGCUCGACAGCAUGGAGGACUUCCGACCCGAGCUCUUCGGCCUUCCUGUUUUUGAUUAAACGCCGAUUUGUGCACCUGUAUCCUGUAAAUCAACCAAUGAAAAGCUAUAAUGAGCAGAGGAAUCAAGCUCAGUUCUUAUGAGCCACAUAAACACUGUCAUUGUGAUUUCUGUAGCGUAAUUAAUCCUUCAUUUUCACUCGUAUAACAGAUUGUAUAAAGUUUACUUGGAGAUGAUUCAAGGGAUGAACUGAAACGCAAAAGCACUAAUCAAUGUAAAGAGAAAGCGAAACGAUGCUCCGUUUCCGUCCGUUAUGCUUCUCCAUGCUCGUUAUGCUUCGCAGGAAACGUGAUUGAAAGCAAGCAUAAUCUGAUUGGUGCAGCUCACUGAGCCAAUCCCGAGCCUCGAACUCUCGGUGCACCCAUUAUGCACUCUGAACGCCGACGGCUCGAACGCCACCCAAACCGAUUUUGAUUACGCCGCUCAAUUAGGCGCAAUCAAGCCAUUAGGCCACAUCGACUUUUUUUUUUUCCUCUCGCUUGCACUUUCAUCCUCCCCCUGCGCUUUUCACUAAAUUAGUCACAGUAAUGGUUUACUUUUAUAUUUAACACACCAAUGAUACGUUGUCUGAAGGCUGGGUAAAUCCCCAAUUUGUCCUCCUUUACACAAUAAAGCAUUUCAUUUAUACAA